AUGGGCGUUGCUGAUCAUUCAGCAUGGCAGUGGCCACUUCCGUUUGUCUUGGGUGGGCUAGGGAUUAUCCUUUUCCUUAUAGCGUGUGCUUUCAUCAUUUUAGCCUGCCCUCACUGCAAAAUUUCUCUCAGCUAUGGCAGCAAUACUAGUACUUCCACUGCUAAUUCUAUAAUUCGCAAGAGUGCAAUGAUGAUGAAAUUUUCUGAUAGUUCGGAAAAUGCGGAGGAGAAUAUAGUGGUGAUAAUGGCUGGUGAUGUCAACCCAACAUUUAUUGCUACGCCCACUUCAGUUUAA